GCCCUUUUGAAAAAGCAUUACAGGACAACUGAGGCAGGAUCUGGAAAGAUGAGAUCUGGAGUACACAGUAAUAGUGAUGCUGUGGGUGGUGGCAUCAUUGCUCACACUGGUGGAGGAUGUGUUUUCUGAGGAGGACAAUAAAGAGGCUCAGUCAGAACUCCAGCGCUUCCUCAGGCAACCCUCCUGGCCUCCUGCAAAUGAUCUGGAAUGGGACAGCAGCAUCGACACACCCUGGCCUCAAGCCCUUGAAGAGUGGUCACUGAUGCAGGAUGAGGAAGUCCAUCAGGGAAGAUGGCCGCGCUCCCCUCGUGAUCCAAACUCACCCAGAACGUCACGGAGGAACCGCAAGAAGUCCAAGAGCAGCCGCGACUGCCAUGUGGAGAAGAAGGAAAUGCGGGUGCGUGAUCUGGGUCUCGGCUACGACUCGGAUGAGAUAAUCCUCUUUAAGUACUGUGUUGGCACGUGCCACAGCUCCCGCAAGAAUUACGACCUGGCCCUCAAGGCUCUGAUGGACAACGGGAGUAUCUCUGGCAAAAAGGUCAGCAGUCACCCCUGCUGUCGGCCCACCCGCUAUGAGACUGUGUCCUUCAUGGAUUCCCAGACUAUCUGGCAGACUAUUAAGUGGCUAUCGGCGGCCAACUGCAGCUGUGUGGGCUGAUUGCAGAGAAAAGUGUAUAUCUACAAUACACAAACACAGAGACGCUCUUGUGUGAAAGAGCAGUAUGCUGUGAGGCCUGGUCUGUAUAGUGGGCAACUUAAC